GCGGCUCCAAGAUGGCGCAGGCGAUUUUCGAGGCCCUGGAGGGAAUGGACAAUCAGACUGUUCUGGCUGUGCAGUCAUUAUUGGAUGGCCAAGGAGCAGUCCCUGAUCCAACAGGCCAAAGUGUCAAUGCCCCCCCUGCCAUCCAGCCCUUGGAUGAUGAGGAUGUCUUUCUCUGCGGGAAGUGUAAGAAGCAAUUCAACUCGCUGCCGGCGUUUAUGACCCACAAGCGGGAACAGUGUCAGGGGAAUGCCCCUGCCCUGGCUACGGUCUCCCUGGCCACCAACAGCAUCUACACGCCCUCAGCAGCACCAGCCACUGUCCAGCAGGUGCCACCUCCGGCCAAUCGCCAGAUCUCCACAUAUAUCACAGUGCCCCCGUCCCCACUGAUCCAGACCCUGGUGCAAGGGAACAUCUUGGUGAGCGAUGAUGUGCUCAUGUCCGCCAUGUCAGCCUUCACAUCCCUGGACCAACCCAUGCCCCAGGGGCCCCCACCUGUGCAGAGCAGCCUGAACAUGCAUUCUGUGCCCAGCUACCUCACCCAGCCUCCACCUCCUCCUCCUCCACCUCCUCCUCUGCCUCCACCCCCACCGCCUCAGCCCCCACCUCCACCGCCCCAGAGCCUGGGCCCUCCUGGGCGCCCCAACCCUGGAGGGAAUGGCGUGGUGGAGGUAUACAGUGCCACUACGCCCCUGCCUGGGAGUGGAACAGUGGAGAUCCAGGCCCUGGGGAUGCAGCCCUACCCCACCCUGGAGGUGCCAAACCAAUGUGUGGAGGCCCCAGUGUACCCCACGCCCCCAGUGUACAGCCCUGGCAAGCAAGGGUUCAAACCAAAAGGACCAAGCCCUGUCACCCCCAUGACCAGCACCACCGGGGGAACGGCAGCCACCUUUGACUCCCCACCCACGCUGAAGCCUCGACGGGCUAAAGGUGCCGGUGGACUCCCAGAAGGGAAGCCAAAGGCACAGAAGCUCAAGUGCUCCUAUUGUGACAAGUCUUUCACCAAGAACUUUGACCUGCAGCAGCACAUCCGAAGCCACACGGGGGAGAAGCCCUUCCAGUGCAUCGCAUGUGGCCGGGCCUUCGCACAGAAGUCCAAUGUCAAGAAGCACAUGCAGACCCACAAGGUGUGGCCCCCAGGGCGUAGUGGUGGCACCGUUUCUCGAAACUCUGUGACUGUACAGGUCAUGGCCUUGAACCCCAGCAGGCAAGAGGAGGAGGAAAAUGCAGGUUUGGGCCACGCCCUUUCGAGCACACCACAGCCCCAGACCUUGCCCCCAGCAGGUGAGGAUGAGGGUGACAAGCUGGAGCCCAAGCAGGUGGUCCUCAUCGAUAGCUCCUACCUUUGCCAGUUCUGCCCCAGCAAGUUCAGCACCUACUUCCAGCUCAAGUCCCACAUGACUCAGCACAAGAAUGAGCAGGUGUACAAGUGUGUGGUGAAGAGCUGCGCACAGACAUUCCCCAAGCUUGAUACAUUUCUGGAGCACAUCAAGAGCCACCAGGAGGAGCUGAGCUACCGCUGCCACCUCUGUGGCAAGGACUUCCCGUCACUGUAUGACCUGGGUGUGCACCAGUACUCACACAGCCUCCUCCCGCAGCACAGCCCCAAGAAAGACAGUGCCGUCUACAAGUGUGUCAAAUGUGUCAACAAGUACUCCACUCCGGAGGCCCUGGAGCACCAUCUGCAGACUGCUACCCAUAACUUCCCCUGCCCGCACUGCCAGAAGGUGUUUCCUUGUGAACGCUACCUGAGGCGUCACCUGCCCACCCACGGCAGCGGGGGCAGGUUCAAAUGCCAGGUGUGCAAGAAGUUCUUCCGGCGAGAACACUACCUCAAAUUGCACGCUCACAUCCACUCAGGCGAGAAGCCCUACAAAUGCUCUGUAUGCGAGUCUGCCUUCAACCGCAAGGACAAACUGAAGAGACACAUGCUGAUCCAUGAGCCCUUCAAGAAGUACAAAUGCCCCUUCUCGACUCACACAGGCUGUAGUAAGGAGUUCAACCGGCCAGACAAGCUGAAGGCGCACAUCCUGUCGCAUUCAGGCAUGAAGCUCCACAAGUGCGCCCUGUGCAGCAAGUCCUUCAGCCGCCGGGCGCACCUCGCCGAGCACCAGCGCGCCCACACCGGCAACUACAAGUUCCGCUGCGCGGGCUGCGCCAAGGGCUUCUCCCGCCACAAGUACCUCAAAGACCACCGCUGCCGCCUGGGCCCCGCGAAGGACAAGGACCUGCAGGGCCGGCGGCCCCCGCGGAGGAGGGCAGCCCCCCGCGGCGGCGCGCACAAGGCGGGGACCCCCCUGGCCGAGCCGCUGGGGCUGCAGGCGCUGAAGGCCGCCGGGGCCGGGCCGGGGCCGGGGCCGGGACCAGGGCCGGGCGCGGGGAACGGGCCGGGGCCGGCGCCCGAGGCCCAGCGCGAGCAGGAGCAGGACGCCGUGCUGUCCAUCGUGGUGGGCGGCGCGGUGGGCGCGGACCCCGAGCUCGUGGUGCCCGCGCACCCCGAGGCGCUAGGCUCCAACCUGGCGCUGGCCGAGCUGCAGGCGGGGCCCGAGGGCCCGUGCGCCAUGCUGGCCGUGCCCGUCUACAUCCAGGCCUCCGAGUGAGCCGCGGUGGGCGCCCGCGAGUGGGGGCCGCGGUCCCCGGGCCGUGCGCCCUGUGCACAGAGCCAUGGCAGGAGCUGGCCGGCGCCUGAGCGCCCGGUGCCCGGCCGGCCGGGCUGGGCUGACCCCGCGGGGGAGAAGGCAGGCCGCCUCGGGGGCCUUCAGUCAGCUGCUCUGCGGGACCCUGGAUGCGGUCAGAGUUCUCAUCAGCUGCACCUUUCUCCAUGGGGUCCCCAGACAAUUGAGGAAGGGAGGCUUUUAGGAAUCAUUCAGCCUGGUGGGUAGAGCCCAGCUAUGACCCAAACCUGGCUUCGCAUCCAAGGGUUGCCGCACACUUGCUGUGUGACAUCAGCUAGGUUGCGAGCCCCAUCUUUCUCAUCUGUACGGAGGGGCUUAUGUGAUAGUUGUUCAUCCUAGGGAGGCUGUCUUGGGGAUUCAAAUUGGUGAUAUAAAUGUACAAAGGGGGUUGGUAAAGUACCCUGGUCUUAAAAA